UUUGGCCAGCCAUCACAAGUAGGUUGCUCUUCCCGGCAAACAGACAAAAUAUGCUCCUCGCGAAUUUAACUCAGAAGCUUUUGCUGAUAGUCUGGAUUUCGAAAAGGGUUCUUGGACAGUCCGUUUGCUCCGAUUGUUCCCUGACAAGUUUACAAUACGCCUGUAUCAAUGAAACCGCCUAUGGUUUUUGCUUUGGCCAAGCAGUUGUGGAUGAAAGUAGGGUGAGAAAUUGCCGGGAUGGAUAUUAUUGCGUCCUGCAGGGAUUCUGUGCAGCCAUGGAUUCAGCGGAGCCGGCUUGUGUUCCAGAUAUCUCGACGACCACAACGGAUAUAGUGACAGAUUCGACAACUGAUGCGAGUAUUCUGGAAACCACAGAGUUUACUACGAUGGAAACUAUUACAGUGACCACUGAAUCUACUCUGACCACGAAUUCAGGUACUACCGAAAUGACAACAGAGUCUAGUACUCUGGAAGAAUCUAGUACGGAAUCGAGUACAGAUUCUACAACGUCGGAAAUCACAACCCAGGAGACGGAUUCGACUACUCAGGAAACCACAGAGUCUACAGUAAUUGACACUUCUACAUCCCCUGUUUCCACGGAUUCUACAACUAUUGCGUUUUCCACCGACUCGAGUACAGAUUCUACAACUCCUUUUUUUCCCACAGAAAUUUUGCCAGAUUCAACUACUUCUGAUUUAACCACAGAUUCGAGUACAAUGGAAUCUUCAGAUUCUACAACCCUCAUUACCACUGAUUCUACCACUCCUGUAUUUACAACGGAUUCAAAUACUCAGGAAACCACAGAAUCUACAGUGACUGAGACCUCAACACCAUUGAUUACUACUACCCCAGUAAUUACUACAGCAUCAAGUACAGAUUCUAAUACUUCUGAUAGUACAACAGAUUCAACUACUUCGGCUAAUGCAACAGAUUCCAGUACUCUACCCACAACAUUUGAACCUACUAGUACAAGUACAUUAAGCACCUCUACCAUUUCAUCGGAAGUAGAUCCGAACGUCUAUUGUGCAAAGUUAAGGCGCAAGGGACACUAUCGAGUUGAAACAGAUACAACGUGUCAAAUGUAUGUCUUCUGCUAUAAGCUUAGCCAAGAUUAUCUUGGUCGUCUAUAUUAUUGUGAAGCGAACCAAUACUACAAUUCAGAUACAGAGGCAUGUCAGACCGUACGACCAAGCAAUUGCUAAUUUCUGAUAAUAAACGAAUAAAAAUGAAAGAAAAAGCUAAAAGUCAUACUAAUACAAUCAUACUAGAUAUUGGUGA